CCAAACAAUUCGGCAUUUCCUAAAAAAAAAUUUUCGAUCAAUCUGGGUUGAUAUUUUAUGUAAUCCAGAUUGAACCGUUUUUUAUCAUAAAUUGUUUGGAUUCAUCCGUGUCGCAAGAACAUAUAACAAAUGAUAUAACGUGUAAAAAAAAAAAGUUCUUUUUCAACAAUGCCAAAAUUACAAUUAUCAAAGCCUAUGUGUAACGAUUAUUAAUUAAAUUACUAAUUCAGGAAACAAUAUCUAUUUCAUAAAACAAUACCCCUUGCAUGAUUUUUUAGGCAACGAUCUCAACUGUUAAUUGUUUAGAACAUUUCACGGUAGAGAAAUUCAAAGUCUACCACCGAUGUUUGAAGCAACAAUUAGUAGCAAUCAUAAUGUUGAUAUCAAGUAAGAACUGCUAUCAUCGCUGGAUAAAAUUCAUGAAUAUUUUACCAAAAAACACAUUGUACUAUGUUUUACUUGACAAUCAAAUGAAACAUGUCACCAGUGGUAUCACAGCAUGGAUGUUUUGGUCAAGGCUAACUAGAGUGCACUUUUAUUGUAAACAAUUUCAUACCAUGCAAAAAAAAAUCGAAGUACCUACCUCUUCUAUUUCCCACAUAAUUGGCAAAGGUGGUGCAAAUAUUAAGGACAUUCAAAAUCGUUCUGGUGCUAAAUGCAAGUUGCAAGGAAAUUAUGUCGUAAUCACUGGUUCAUCCGAUUCUCAACGUAUCGCUCAUAACCUCAUUCAAAACUGCAUCGACAACUCCAUUGCUGUUUACAAUCAUCCUCUCGAAGCCAUUAUUGCACUUCGCCAACCAUUGAUUGGACUGAAAAGUGUAAAGUUUGUAAAGUACCAAGGGAUUGUGGACGAAUAUAAUGUUAAUAAGGCGUACUUUGUUUUGGAUAAGGGAGAAGAAAUGAGCCAAAUUGACAAGGAUAAUAAUAUUUCUUCGAUGAAAAGUUUGAACAGAGUGUCUGACAUUGUCAUUCCUGAAGAAGACAGCACAUUAGUAAUACAUAUCACGAAACGACUUAUUGAAGAAAUGAAUAAAUAUGACAAAUUUCUCCUCAAAGUCCAAACUAACAUAGGAAAGCAACUUUUUUACCCUGCCAAGAAAGGAGUGGUAAACCUUCCGACUUGUGUUCCUCUUGAACAUUUCGCUAAAUAUAAGAUUGGUAACAAAGCUGAUGCUAAGGCUACUUUUAUGAAUCGUCUUCCUCUUGACAUAGCAGAGGUAAUAGAAGGUCAUUUAAAGAAAUUGGGUUAUGAGGAGGAUAACACUACAAAACGAGCUUCUAUUCACCUCAUUGAUGUUAAGGAAAAGCAACGCAUUACUAUUUCCAGUGACAUUACACCAGAAGGCCACCUCAAACUUCGUAAAUGCCGAUCUGAUAACAUUAGCCACCUCUUCCUCUCUUUUGUCAGACCGAAGUCCACCCUGGAUUUUCGUUUCAAAGUUCUUUCUCAUAAGGGACCCAUGAAUGAUAUACCCUCUACGAUCUGCCAUAUCAUUGAUAAUUCCAGCUACAACUUCGAUGCAAAAGCCAUCGUGUUACCAAAUAUUACAGAUAAUACCGAGUAUCGCGUCACAACAACUCGUACAAAAUUCAAGCGUAAGUUCAUUAGUAAUAAUACUGGAAACAAAGUAACAAUUUCAAAUGUUUAUGAGACAGGGAAAGUGGAUGUACAAGUGACCGUAACUAAUCUUGGAUUACAUGAAGUUUUAGCAAAGAUGAAGAAUCAAGAAACUUCUACAAAUAAAAGGGAAUUAGAAGAAGAAUUGGAGAAAAAAGUAGAAAAGUUUGUUGAUGAAAUGAACAGGAUUGUGGAUGGAGUGCAAUGGAAUGGAUAACAAUGGUUAUAAGCAUAUCUUUUCCCACUGUAACAUUUGCAAAUAAUUAGUAUAUAAUUAUUUUCAUGAAAUUUUAUUUACAUCAAUUUUUUCUAUUUAUUUUAAAUAAAUAUUUGUUAUUAUUUAAAUAAAUACUAUUACAUAAAAGUUUUUUGGAAUAACAAGUUAUUGUAUACAUUAAACUUUAAAAUAAAAU